GAAGCAGAAAUAGAAACGUUUAACGAACCAAUUACAUUCGAGGAUUAGGUAACCUAUCACGAAUCACGUUAUUGCGACGUCCAGUACCGUUGCGCAUGCUGGCAUGAGAGAAACAAACAAACAUCUGUAGCAGUUUUCUAAACCGAUUCAGGCAUGGACGCUCAAAAAGACGUGCAACCACCCAAGCAACAACCUAUGAUCUACAUAUGUGGUGAGUGCCACACUGAAAAUGAAAUUAAGGCUCGUGAUCCAAUCAGAUGCAGAGAGUGUGGAUACAGAAUCAUGUACAAGAAGAGAACAAAGAGAUUGGUUGUAUUUGACGCGCGCUGACGUGGACAAAGACAAUAGAACUAGGUUCAUUUUUUUAUUUCAUGUUGUUUUUUGUGUAUCGCAGUGUAAAUAAAUUUGGUUACAAUCC